GUGAAGAACUGUACGGAGGAAAUGAAGGGAAUGAGGGAGCAUAUUGAUUGCUUUAAGACAUCAUGUCUAGUUGAGUCUUCAGAGGGUUGGAGUGAAAAUCGCGAGUGUCUUUGCCCUUUUGGUGGUGUUAAAAAUCGGGUUUAGGAACCCGAGGAAAGAAAUUAAAUGGUGUAUGUGAAGCACCGUGUGAGAGAAGUCGGACGAUCAAGCAUUGUAUGCGUUGGAAUUUCGCUCCUUUCCGCUCCAACCUCUCGGGAACAAUUGGAGCGUUUUGACUUGAGUUGUGUAAAGAGACGUGGUAGAGUCCAGGCCCCUAAAGUUAGGGAUAUUUGUUCGAAACAUUUCUGAAAUGAAGAUCCCUCUCCCUCAAAUUUAUUGGGUAUGAUUGCUUUUAGGGUUAGUUACGUCUUGUUAUGUAUAGUAUGUGCUGAAGAGUGGUGCUCAAAAGACAAUAAUUUGUAUUUUUGGUGUCUAAUGCCAUCCUUAACUUCUUCGUAUAAUAAAAAGCCUUAGUAGUUUGAUCACUUUUAUCUCCUUUAUAGAAAUACUCGAUCAUGAUGAUUCAGUUUCCAAGAGCACUUAUACUUGUAUAUGAGUUGGAGGCUACUUUCUAAUACACAUGUAACUGGAGAGAAUUACAUAUGUAGAUAUGUAUUGCAUUUGUAUUGCUGGCAGGAAGGUGUAAGAUUUUACCAAAGUUGGCAAAUGGGAUUUCUCCCUACCCCACCCUGUUUUAUUUCCUUAACAUUCUUCAGAUAGAUCUGAGCAUGACUUGGACUUGGAUAAAGUCCAGACUCCAGAUUAUGGGACAGCGUGAUCUUUGGGUUUAUUAGUGCUUUGAAUCGGAUGAGACAUUCAAAGAGAACUUACUGUCCUGAUUGGGAUGAAAAAGAUUGGGAUUGUGGCAGCAGCAGUCAUAAAAGAAAGAAGAGAUCACACAGCAGUGCCCGGGAAAAUAAGCACUGCAAAUAUAAUCACUCUAAAACAUCUGAUAGCUAUUAUUUAGAAAGCAGAUCCAUAAAUGAGAAAGAUUAUCAUAGUCGACGCUACAUUGAUGAAUACAGAAAUGACUACAAUCAAGUAUGUGAACCUGGACAUCGCCAUAGAGAGCAUGAAAGCAGAUACCAGAACCAUAGUAGCAAGUCCUCUGGUAGAAGUGGAAGAAGUAGUUAUAAAAGCAAACACAGGAUUCACCACAGUACUUCACAUCAUCGUUCACAUGGGAAGAGUCACCGAAGGAAAAGAACCGGGAGUGUAGAGGAUGAUGAGGAGGGUCACCUGAUCUGUCAGAGUGGAGACGUACUAAGUGCAAGAUAUGAAAUUGUUGAAACUUUAGGUGAAGGAGCUUUUGGGAAAGUCGUGGAGUGCAUUGAUCAUAAAGCGGGAGGUAGACAUGUAGCAGUCAAAAUAGUUAAAAAUGUGGACAGAUACUGUGAAGCUGCUCGCUCAGAAAUACAAGUUCUAGAACACUUAAAUACAACUGACCCCAGCAGUACAUUCCGCUGUGUCCAGAUGUUGGAGUGGUUUGAGCAUCAUGGACACAUUUGUAUCGUGUUUGAACUACUAGGACUUAGUACUUACGACUUCAUUAAGGAAAAUGGCUUUCUACCAUUUCGACUGGAUCAUAUCAGGAAGAUGGCAUAUCAGAUAUGCAAGUCUGUGAAUUUUCUCCACAGUAAUAAAUUGACUCACACAGACUUAAAGCCUGAAAACAUCUUAUUUGUGCAAUCUGAUUACACAGAGGCAUAUAAUCCCAAAAUAAAACGUGAUGAACGUACCUUAAUAAAUCCAGAUAUUAAAGUUGUAGACUUUGGAAGUGCAACAUACGAUGAUGAACAUCACAGUACAUUGGUAUCUACAAGACAUUAUAGGGCACCUGAAGUUAUUUUAGCCCUAGGAUGGUCCCAGCCGUGUGAUGUCUGGAGUAUAGGAUGUAUUCUUAUUGAAUACUACCUUGGGUUUACAGUGUUUCCUACACAUGAUAGUAAAGAGCACUUAGCAAUGAUGGAAAGAAUUCUUGGACCUUUACCCAAACAUAUGAUACAGAAAACCAGGAAACGUAAAUAUUUCCAUCAUGAUCGAUUAGACUGGGAUGAACACAGUUCUGCUGGCAGAUAUGUUUCAAGGCGUUGUAAACCUCUGAAGGAAUUUAUGAUUUCUCAGGAUGCUGAACAUGAGCUUCUCUUUGACCUCAUUCACAGAAUGUUGGAGUAUGACCCAGCUGAAAGGAUUACUCUGAAAGAAGCCUUAAAGCAUCCUUUCUUUUACCCUCUAAAAAAAACUAUAUAGGCAAAUAAAAUCAUGCAGCUCUCUUGAAGAGAUCUUACAGACUGUAUCAGUCUAAUUUUUAAACAUUAAGUUAUUUUGUACAGCUUUUGUAAAUUUCUUACAUUUUCAUACUACCAUGUAUUGUUUGGAAAUUUGGUUUGUUAAAUAGCUAAAGUAAUGAACAUCCUUUUCAGUGAUUGUAUAAAAUGAUUCAGAAUAAACUUUGUGCUUAUGAAAUUUA